AUGUAUCAAAAUAUUGAAGUAAAAAAGAUUGAAAAUAAUAAAAUUGUUGUGAUCAAUAUUAACAGACCUUAAAAAAGAAAUUGUGUUAAUUCUGAAACAGCUUAAGAAUUAUUGAAGGCCUUUUAAGAUUUUGAUAACGAUCCUUAAGCACUUAUAGCAAUUUUUGCUUCAAAAGAUGGUAUAUUUUGUGCUGGAUUUGAUUUGAUGGAAGCAUCUUAAAUUAUGCACCCCAGCAAAAUAUAGGAAAUGUUUCCUUUGCAUUUUUAGAGCAAAGCUCCUAUGGGAAUAUCAAGAUAUCUUACAAAAAAACCUGUUAUUGGUUCAAUUGAAGGGUUUGCAGUUGCAGGAGGACUUGAAUUAAGUUUAUGGUGUGACAUGGUAGUUUCCAAUAGGUAAUGCGUUUUUGGAGUAUUCUGUAGGAGAUUUGGAGUGCCAUUAAUAGAUGGAGGCACUGUUAGACUAUAAAGAGUUAUUGGUUUUAAUAGAGCCAAGGAUAUGGUCCUAACAGGGAGGGAAGUUAAAGGGUAAGAAGCAUAUGAAUGGGGUCUAGUAAAUAGGCUUUGUAGCGAUAAUGAAAGUGUAUUAGAGAAGUCAAUAGAGCUCUGUAAAGAAAUAAUAAGAAACCCUUAAUAUUGCAUGCAACUUGAUAGAUAAAGUCUUUAUGAAAAUACCUUUAUUAAUUUCGAUUAACAAAUCCAAACAGAAUUUCAUAGAGGUUCUUUAGCCAUCUUAAAGGGUGAAACUUCUUAAGGAGCUUCUAACUUUGUAAAUAACAAAGCAGGGAGAGGUGGUAAACCACUUCCAAAAUUAUGA